AUGGAGCCGAUCGAGGACGCGGUGGUGGUGGACGCAUCCGCCGCCGCCGAACUGUCCUCGUACUGGGAGUUCAUCAACGCCUCCGACGCCGACUCCUCCGACACCGAGUCGCUGCUCAGUGACGAGAACGGCUUCGUCUCCUUGCACGACGCGUCGGCAUCGCCACCGUCUCUGCUGAUCGCCGCCGUUGCUGCACCCGAGGCGGUGGAGGAAGAGUACACUGGAGGAGAUGAUGACGGAAUCGGAGGAUCGGGGAAAGAAGCGGUGGGUGGCGGCGUGAUCGUCGCUGGUACAGGGGAUCUCGGUCGGUCUUUCGUUGAGAGGAUUGUGGAAGGGCAGGUCUAUGAUCUGUACGGUGGUCGAUUUUACGGGGAGGGAGAGGUGGAAGAUGAAGAAGACGAGGAAGAGGACGAUGAGUACGACGAGCUGGCGGCGUGGAACUUGAGCGGGAAGAUGGCGGGGAAGCAGAGGAUGAGGAAAGUGGGGAAGAAAGGUUGCCAGAACAAGAUCAGCAACGCCAAGCGCAAUCCUUACAGUUACGUCAAGCGAGGGUGCGCUUAUGGGAAGCACAAAGCCUGA